GCAGAUAUAGGAGGAAACAACGAAACGCACCAAGAUAGGGGAGUUGUGUUUCUUGACUGAACAAGUUUCCGCGUACGAACGUUCGCCACGGGUUUCAUAGUUAGGAUUUCAAAAUUGCUGCCAUGGGUCGCAAAAAAAUACAAAUAUCAAGAAUCACCGAUGAGCGGAAUCGGCAGGUAACUUUCAACAAGAGGAAAUUCGGUGUGAUGAAGAAGGCGUAUGAACUGUCAGUACUCUGCGACUGCGAGAUAGCACUCAUCAUUUUCAGCAGUAGCAACAAAUUGUACCAGUAUGCCAGUACGGACAUGGACAAGGUCCUUCUCAAGUACACAGAGUACAACGAGCCUCACGAGUCGCUCACCAACAAAAACAUUAUAGAGAAGGAGCAUAAGAACGGAGUAAUGAGUCCCGACAGCCCUGAACCUGAGACGGAGUACCAACUGACCCCCAGAACUGAAGCCAAGUACAGCAAGAUAGACGAAGAUUUUCAGAUGAUGUUACAACGGAAUCAGAUCAACGGACAAAGGGUAAAUAUAGCCUGGAAACUUGCUGUACAGUAUUACACACAACCUGUCUCAGUACCUGUGAAUAUAAGCUACAGUGAUUCUGGUCUUCUACAAUCUAGUCCCCAGAUGGCCCACACUAGUAUUAGCCCUAGGCCAUCUUCAUCUGAAACCGAUUCAGUCUAUCCUAGUGGAGGUAUAUUAGAAAUGAGCAAUGGGUAUCCAAACUCGUCAUCACCAAUGGGUGGUUCACCGUCUCCAGGUCCAAGUCCAGGUCCUGGUAUGAGCAGUUCCAAGCAUCCAAAACAACAUUCACCAGGUUCACGGUCCAACCUGAGGGUAGUAAUACCUACACCACUUGGACCAGGUAUUAGCCCAGAAGACGUUUCAUAUUCAGAGCCCUCACGGUCUCACCCUCACCCGUCUAACUCGCCCGUGGUGGCAUUACAGACGCCUGGAGGCGGCAGCGGGUUGUCGUAUCCUUCUGCGGCGCUGCAGUCAUUCGGCGCGCAGGACUUCACAAUCGGUGGCAGCAGCGGCGAUAUGACGGGCCUGGCGUCGAUGUCCUGGCCCGCCGGCCCGGGUCCGUGUUUGCCACACCUGGCAGUCUCCAGCAGCACCCCCCCGCCGGCGUCUUCCAGCCCCCUACCUAUCAAGAUCAAGAGCGAGCCCAUAUCGCCGCCCAGGGAUCACCAUCAUCCCCAUCUGGCUUCUACGGCGGCUGUACAUCACUCCCAAGUGCAGACACUCAACUUGACACACAGGUAUGGUUCAAAUUUUUCUUUUCAGCGAGUAGAUCAUCCCCAGACAGUACAUAUACGUCCAUUGGAUGUCUAUUAG